UUUAGCCCCCCGUUUGAAAUCAUCAACCCUUCCAGAACUAGACACAGAGAGGAAAAAAGGAGAACAAGAGAGAACCAAGCCCAAAACAAGACCCUUUUGUUGGAACUCAUCCAAAGGAGGGUAGACGUGUGGAUAUUACCUGUGUCCAAUGCCAGGGUUCUGUAUGCAGGAGGGGUUUAAAACAGAAAAGUUUUAUUUCUUCGGCCACCUUGUGCGGACGUCUUUACAAUGUGUCUUUCCUGGAAGAUAAUGUCUAAAUCCCUGAAGAAGAUCGUGGAGGAGAGUCGGGAAAAGAACCUGCCCGAGGUGGAUAUGUGUGACAGGGGAAUAUCAAACCUGUUGGAUAUUCCUGGACUUUUCACCCUGUCCAACAUAACCCAACUGGUCCUGAGCCACAACAAGCUUACUGGUGUGCCUCCCAACAUUGCGGACCUGAAAAAUUUGGAGGUGUUGAACAUGUUUAAUAACCAGAUCGAAGAGCUUCCAACUCAAAUUAGUAGCCUUCAGAAGCUUAAACAUCUAAACCUUGGUAUGAACAGGUUAAGCUCACUUCCAAGGGGGUUCGGGUCUCUACCUGCACUGGAGGUUCUGGACCUCACAUACAACAACCUGAACGAGUCCUCACUUCCCGGCAACUUCUUUUACCUCACCACCCUGCGCGCGCUCUAUCUCAGCGACAACGAUUUUGAGAUUUUGCCCCCAGACUUCGGCAAGCUGGCCAAGCUACAGAUAUUGAGUCUGAGGGAUAAUGACCUCAUCUCUCUGCCCAAAGAGAUCGGAGAUAUGGCCCAGCUUAAGGAACUUCAUAUUCAAGGAAACAGACUCACUGUACUACCUCCUGAACUUGGUAAUCUGGACCUGACAGGCCCAAAGCAGGUGUUUAAGGCCGAGAAUAACCCUUGGGUGACUCCUAUAGCGGACCAGUUCCAGCUCGGUGUCUCCCAUGUGUUUGAAUACGUUCGCUCUGAGACGUACAAGUAUCUUUACGGUCGACACAUGCAGGCCAAUCCAGAGCCACCCAAAAAGAACGCAGACAAAUCCAAGAAGAUUAGCCGCAAGCCGCUGGCGGCCAAAAACAAGUGAAGACGACGACUGAUCCGCGCUGAACCUCACUGCAUGUGCCUUUCCCGUUUUAUAUUUAUUCAGAAAAUAUGUUUUAUAUUGCUUCAGUAUUAUGCUAAUCACGUAAAUUGUUUUACUUCAAAAAAUCAUUACGUGUACAUUUCAAAACGAACCGGAAAAGUCACUCAACAAGUCAUACAGAUGUUAAGUUGCGAGCGUGCAUCUUGUGCUCGGGUCUCUGUUGUCUCUCUCUCUCUAGUAAAGCAUCCAGCCAUCCGAAUGAGGAAAUCUGUAUUUCUUAGUGAAUUCUGGGAUGCGGUGACAAGGGUUGUGUAACCGUAGAGGGAUUUAGCUCGAGUUUUGGGGUCUUAGCCAAGUCUGAGCAGGAUUGUGUCAGGUCUCGGGGGGACACCGCUGAUUGCUUCCUCUGGCUCUUAAUGACAGAUAUGAAUGGCCAGGAACGUAAUCUCAGAUGGUACACACAGCAGAGACCAGACACAAAUGUCCCGCUGGCCAUUUAAGAGAGGGUCAACAAGAUAUUUAAACAAACCGCAGAGGAACUCUGUAACAGUGGGCCAAAAUAUACCAGCCAUUGUUUCACAUGUCAUUGUUAACGUGACGGUGCAAGUUUUUACUGUAAACAAUACAGUAUUGUGGUCGAAAUAAUUUUGCAUUAACUGUUUUUUGUGUAUCAUGAUGCUUACUACGUAUAUUGUACACUAACACUUCUGCAAAGCUUGGCUUUUUAUUUUUUGUAUAUUUGAAUGGGUCACAAAAUGUUUUAUUGCAAUCACAUUCAAGCUGUAAUAUUUUGGUAUUUUUAAUCAUGCGCAAGUGAAGCUAUGUACUGAAUUUUUAACACUGAAAUAAAGUCACCGUUUUGUUGGUU